AUGGGGGCCCUUCCUUGGCUGCCCCUCAUCUCUGUUCUUCCUUUAUCUGCAGCCAGAGGAGAUUCUGGAGAUGGGGCGGAUCCUGAGGAAGUGGUUGUAGUCCAUCAGGAGCCCAUCAGUGUCCCCCUGGAAAUACUGUCUGAUGAAGAGGUUGAGAACUUUACCUGGUCCUCCCACAUAAGGCUUGCUACUGCGGUGCCAGGGAAAGAGGGACAUUUACCUACCAUCAUGGUGACCAACCCUUGCUACCAAGGUUGAGUGAGCUUCCUGAAUCCCAGCUACUUCCUGUGCAUCAGCAGUCUGAGCCAGGAGCACUCAGGGCCUUUCCGAUCUCAAGUCAACCAGAGGACGACCCAGAUCUCCACCCUGCAGCACUGCCCUCUAUGUAUCUGCUGUGAGUUCAGAUGACUGCUGAAGCCUCACCUCAUUUUGAGCUUUGCGAUCUCUGGGGAAGGCCCCUAUGAGAUGUCCCUGACAUGCUCUGCAGGGAAAGCAGGCCUGGACGUGGCCUGCAGCUGGAUAUCCCCUGAGGACGGUGUUGACACAGCACAUGAAGGCUCUGUCCUUCACACAUCCCAGAGGCCUGGGGACAAUGCCCUCUCCUGCACCUGCAGGCCUAGCAAGCCCAUCAGCAACACUAGUUCCUGUCUCGUCCCUGCUGGGCCCUUCUGUGCAGAUCUGGGCUACCCCUAAGAGGCCUCAGCUUCCUUUGGCCUCCUGGCCAAAGCAUCACUCGUCCUGCUCCCGGGAACUCUGGCCGUGGGGCUGUGGCUCAUUUGAGGCCAGGUGAGAUGCAAGACACCAAGUAUGAAAAACCUCAGGAGAAACAGAAUGAGAUUGAGAAAGAAGGAAAAGCCUGGCCUUCACCUGGUCUGA